AAUGAUAAAUAGAGAGGGAGGGGGGAGGGGAGGGGGAGGGGGAAGGCAUUAUUUUGAAGGGGAGAGUGGAGAUUUUUAAUGGUAAGACAGAGAAGCAAUUCUCUCACUCACCUGUCAUCUCCUAUUACAUCACCCACCAACCCACUUCUUCCACCUCCCCAUCCAGCAAAUUAGAGUUUGCACCUGUCGGAUUUUCUUUUUCUUUUCUAUCUAAAUAUAUUAUAUCAACCACCACCAACGGCUUAAACCGUGUGUGCCACUCUCAUCACCAUUUUUUUUUUUUUCCUUCUUCUUUCUUUUUCCUCUACAACAAUAUGGACUUUCCCCUUACUACUCCAACAAAAUCAAUUCAAUUCCAUUGAGAACAACCACACACAAAUUCCCAUUUUGGUUUAAUUACUGGUUUUUACUUUAGAUAUAUAUAUAUAUAUAUAUAUAUAUAUAUAUAUAUUUGAUGCAGCAGAUCAAGAAUAAUAACAGAGAAAAUCAUCAUCAACAACAACAACAACAAGAAGAAGUAGAAACAGAAAGAGGAGGUUUGUUUUCUAGGGCGGCAUAUGGCUAAUUAUCCACAUUACCGAUCUCAAUUUGGAGAUACAACUUUCACUAAAGUCUUUGUUGGUGGUCUUGCUUGGGAAACUCCCACUGACCAAAUGCAAACUUAUUUUGAACAAUUUGGUGACAUUCUUGAAGCUGUUAUUAUCACUGAUAAAAACACCUCCAAAUCUAAAGGAUAUGGAUUCGUCACAUUUCGUGACCCUGAAUCUGCAAGAAGAGCUUGUGCCAAUCCUAACCCAAUAAUCGAUGGAAGACGUGCAAAUUGUAACAUUGCUGCAUUGGGUCGACCUCGGCCUUCCCCUCCACGAGGACGAGGGCAAAGUAGUGUAAAUCCAUAUCAAGGAAGUACAAUGCAGGCACAAGCAACACCAUCCUAUGGUGGAGUCCCGUCCCCGUUAAACCAGCCACCCAUUCCUCCGCCGCCUCCGCCUGCACCCCCCGUCGUAUAUUCACCAUACGGAUACCCAGCUUACAGUCCAGAUUAUGGGUACCACCACCACCAUCAAGCAGUGUACAAUCCACAAGUUCAACAGCCACAAAUGUAUCAACAAACUCCAUAUUAUUAUGGUUAUUCAUCAAGAGGAACAACAUUCCCAAAUCCUUCACAAUCACAUCAACAUCCUCGAUUAUUACUACCUCCUUCAUAUGUCUACUACCCUCCCCCUCCCCCUCCUCCUCAAUUUGAACCUUCUUCCUUCAAUUAUCCCCCUCAACCUCAACCACAGAUAAUUCGACACCGUUUUUCCUCAACAGAUUCACAGACAUCACAACAAACUCCAACAGAAGCUGAAGCUGGAGGUGUUACUUCUGAUAUUCAAAGUCCAACCUCUUGAGAAUUAAAUUAAAAUAAUUCAACAAAUUUUAAAUCAAACCCAAUUCCAAAUUAUUAUUAUGGAGAUAGAAAAUUUGUAUAAAGUUGAUGGAUUUGACAUUUUAUCUUUGAGAUCGAUCCUCCAAUUCUUUUUUCUUUUCUUUCACCCAUUUUUAUCUCUGCUUUUCGCAGAGAUUGGAAGGCCAAUUUUUAGACCAAAUCCAUCUUUUUCUUUUUUUCUUUCUAUCUCCAUUCCUCUUGAGAAGAACUUCAUCUAAUCCACAACCCACUUUUUUUUUUCUUUUUUUUUUUGUAUUAUUAUUAUUAUCAAGUUUAAUGUAUUGGUGUUAUCAUUAAUCCCAUGUUUGGUUUAAGGAAGAUAUGGGAAUUAAUUUAUGAUCAAUUGAACUAUUAAUUGAUGUAGUUGUCACUUUUUUCUUUUCGUUUGGGUUUAAUUCUUCUCAUUGGAAAUAUGUCUAUGGCUUUACAGUAAA